GUGAAUGUGACUUUCGCUCCUUGCGUCGACCUCAAUCGCUCGUUGUUCUGCUUGAGGAGGAUGUAUCAGCAACCCCCUCCAUAUCCAGGGCAGCAGUACCCGCCGCAGCCGGGUCAGUAUCCUCCAGGUCAAUACCCUCCAGGUCAGUACCCUCCGGGUCAGUACCCACCAGCUCAACAAGGCGUGCCAGCGCAAUACCCACCGCAACAGUAUCCACCUCAACGGAUCCCACCGCAGGCGUACCCGCCGCCACAGCCGACGCAGUACGCACAGCAGCAGUACUACGCCCAGCAAGGACGCGCUUUGUUCCAGUCCGCUACAGCCCCUGCGCCCGUGCAGUACAUUCCAGCACCCCAUCCCGGCUAUGUCCAACCAGGCUAUGCACAAGCACAACCAGUGUAUGUGCAACAACCGGGGGUGUAUUAUGGAGCCCCCCACGGCCAUGUGAAGAUGGGCAAGCACGGAAAAAUCAAGUACAAGCACAAACGCAAGGGUUUCAAACUCAAGGGAUUCAAGCGCAAAGGGUUCAAGUGGUUCAAGUAGCCGCCGCCGCCAUUUCCCGGCUUGGAUCUGGCGUUGUGUAGCAUUAAUCACGCAACUACAUACUAACCUUCCAUCAUGCUUCCUGAGGUCUCUAUAACGCUAAUGGAGACCUAACGCUGAAUACACAAGUCUAUUGCAACCACCAAGGGACGUAAUGUAAAUACGUGCAAAUUCACUCGUAAACU